GCUGACUUGGUAAGGUCACGGCGCCAAAGCGGAAUGUUUAGCACUUGCAAAGAGUCGUCGAUUGUGCACGGGACUGCCAUAUCGCGAGUUUUCCCCUUUAAGCAAUGCAACGGCUGAGGUUGGUUCUCUCAGCCAUCCUGUUGGUGUUUGUGGCCGCCUUGACAGCUCAGUCGUCCGACGGGAAUGCUGCGAACUCAUCGGUAGCACAGCUAUUCGCGGAUACCAACACGACUGUGAUUCCAGGCGAUGGUAACAACAACCCGGUUCUCGUUCUGCUUCAAAGCGUGGUCAACGUGACCGCCAACUUCAAGAAGUCCCUUAACGUGACGAUCCCGAUUGAUCCAGCACCCACGCUUUCCAACACCAACACAACUGACUUUGGCUUGCUGAGAUCUUCGGGUGUCGGUCCUGUGACAGUGUGGCCAGCCCUCGUUGCCGGCGCGUGCAUUGGCCUUGGGCUUGCCGUCCUCUUCUACGGGUACAAGCUGUUUCGCCCGACUGUGUUUCUGUUGUCGUUUGCUUUUGGAGCGAUGGUGGGGUAUAUGACAGCCGAGCGUGUUUAUUCACCAACGUCGGGAUCGUUCUACAUUGUGUGCUGGAGCGUGUUUGCCGUAUGCGGUUUGCUGUGUGGCUUUGUCGGGUUGUACGUGCUCAGUGUGGGGGUGAUGCUUGUGGGAGGCACUGGCGGCGUCGUCCUAGCGUUCCUCCUUACGACUUCCUUCGGGCACAAGUGGUGGCCGACAUACCCCGAUGGAGUUUUGUUCAUUUUGAUGGGCGUCCUCGCGCUCACGUUUGCAAUCUUGUGCUACACUGUGGAGAAGCCGAUGCUGGUGCCGAUGAUGGCGCUGACAGGAGCAGGCGCGGCCGUAUGGGGGGUUGGGUAUUUUGCCGGCGGGUACGCCAAUGCGGACGACUUGUCUGUGUACCGCACGUCGAAUGCAUUUGGUGCCGUGAGCUUCGCUAUUCCCAAUUCGUACUGGAUCUACCUCUGCGCAACGAUCCUCUUGGCGCUAGUCGGGACGUUCAUCCAGUUCAUGAACACGGCGUGCUGUGAAAACAACGCUUUGUACACGUGGGAGACCCAUGGCGACAUCGAAAUGGAAGUGCGACGAACAACGUACAACCAACAGCCACGACGAUAUGAAGGCUACGGCUACGGUCGUGGCGUGCGCACCCGAGACAAUUACUACCAUCGCCACGAUCACCGCCAAGGGCCUUACUAGUGUAGCACUCGAGACACUCAAGACGUUGACCUCUACAUAAAACCAAGCGUACACCCCACUUCCGCGCAAGACGCGUCUACGCCAUGGCUUUUGCGAUAACGAAGGCCAAGGAGGAGGCCAAGGCUGGGCAACAGGCAGCGCCAUCAUGAUCUCAAAUGCGAUCUUUCCAACUUCUUCAGCUUCGUGGGCAGAGCUGGUGCAGUUGGCCAAGUCACCAAUGCGAUUUAAUAGCACACGAUUGAAAUGCCC